GCGACACUAGCAGAAGAAGCAGAAGGCCGUGUGGUGCCGCUGAGGCUGAGCGUGAUGGCGGCGCGCUGCUUCUCGCUGUUGCUCCUGUGUGUGCUGUCUCUGUACCACACCGCUGCUGAUAACGGCAGUGUUAAAAAGCUGAAGAUGCAGUACACAGCCGGACCUCUGCUCAAGUUCCAGAUCUGCAUUUCCUGAGGCUACAGGCGGGUGUUUGAGGAGUACACUCGGGUUCUUAGCCAGAGGUACCCAGACAUCCGCAUAGAAGGGGAGAACUACCUCCCUCAACCUGUGUACAGACACAUCGCCUCCUUCCUCUCCAUGUUGAAGUUCGCUGUAAUCGUCCUCAUCAUCGUGGGAAAGGAUCCGUUCGCUCUGUUCGGAAUGCAGAGUCCCGGAAUCUGGGCCUGGGGGCAGGAGAAUAAGGUCUACGCUUGUAUGAUGGUGUUCUUCUUCACGAACAUGAUGGAGAACCAGUGUUUAUCUACUGGAGCGUUUGAGAUUUCACUGAACGACGUCCCCGUGUGGUCGAAGCUGGAAUCAGGGCAUCUUCCCUCCAUGCAGCAGCUUCUUCAGAUCCUGGAGAAUGAGAUGAAGCUGAAUGCACACAUGGACACACUGCCUCUACAGCGUUCCUAAUUCCACACACUCACAGUGUCAGAGCUCCACCCACUCCUGUGUAUAUGACGGGAUCUCGGCUCAGUAAAGCGGCUGUAAUGAAGGUCUGCACUGAAAGCGGCGUGCCUGCCGGUGUGGGCCGGAUGUCCUCGUCGUCUUUCCUGGUGCUUUGGGAGUCUGUGAUGUACACGUCGGGUGGCGUGUCUCCGGUUUAUUUGGAAUUCUGGGAAGUUUUAUUAGAGCAGAGCUUGCACUGAGGGGUGUGUGGUUACGGUGGUGUGUAUCUCGUCUGAUUACGUUUGUUUGAUUGAUUUUGAUUAGCUCUGAGGGCCAAACAUAGAUUUACAGACUUUUUUUUUUUUUAUAUCUAUGCAACAUUUUUGCCAAAUAAAUCACUUUAGAUCUGAUGUUAAACAAAUCAGCUGUACAUUAUUCUGUAUUUAGAUCAGUGAAAAGUUUAUCUAUAUUCAAAUAAAGUUUUAAUCUGUAACCUGUAAAUCUGCACAUUUACAUUAAAGGUUCAGCUGCAGUUAAUAUAUUUAGAUUUGUUUAAUUUUCAUAUGUAGUCAGUUGAAAUAAAAUAUAUUUCAGUUCAAAUAUAAA